AUGAAAUAAGAGUAAUAAAUAAUAUUGUAGAAGAGAGAAGAGUUCAGAAAUGAGAUUAGAAAUCAAAGAAAUGAGCAAUUAUUUUCAAGGAAAAGAAUGUCUUCUUCUUGUAUUGCUUCAGAUUCUCUAAUUUAAAUUUUAUAAUAUACUAACAUAGAGAAUGAGGAAUCAGCAGUCUUGGCACUAAAAUAAAAUAUUCCUUAAAGAAUUAUAUCCUCAAUAUUUAUUUCGGAUGUCAACAUCAACUAUGUUGAAGAUUUAUUGAGUAAAAAUUUCUUAAAAUUAAUCAGAAAAUAAUAGGUUACUUUUAGUGGAAUCACUUUAUUUUUUUAAUUCGUUUACUGCCAACGCAAAUGAAGAUUUAAUAAAAUAGAGUAUCUAAUAUAAUUUUUUAUCAUAUUUGGUAUCAUUAUAUGUUAAUUUUUGCAAUAUGAUUACUGAAAAUUCAGAUAUACUAUAUAUCAUAGAUUACUUAGAUUGUAUAUUUUAUAAUCUAAUACUUUCUAAAAUUGAAUUUUAAGCAUAUGAUAAAAAAUUAAUAACAGAGUCUAUUGAAUAAAUUGUCCUUUUAAAUAAAUUUUAAAAUUUUAGCUUAUAAGCUAAAGAAUGUUUGCUUGCCUUAUAUUCUAAAUUGAAUUUAACUUUUGAUAUAAAUAAUGCAUUGUUAAUUUGUUCAUCUAUUUUACAUAAUAAUAGAAUUAAAGAACUGAUUUAGAUUGUUGUAAAAUUAAUAAUAAAAGUUUUUUAAUAAUCAGCAAGAGAAAACAAGAAAACCCUUGAAUUAUUUAUAGGAUAAAUUAAAAAAUUAAAUAUAACAGAAAGGUUAGUUUAGCUUAUUGAUGAAUUUCCAAAUUAAAUAAUUGAUUUUUUUAAAUACGUAUCUAAUCACUAAAAAUCGAUUACUACUGAAAUAAUUACUUUUCAAUAAGCAAGUUUGAUAUAUUAAAAAUGGAAGAGCUUUGACAGGGCUUUGUUUUAUUAAUUUUUAGCAAAUAUCAUUUCAACAUACAAAAUUAUUUUAACCGAUGUCCUACAAAAUUAAUAGUUACUAGAUGAAAUAUAUUUUACACUACAAACAAAAUUAAAUAAAGAAUCAAAAGAGGCAUUUUAUUUAAUAUGUACAAUUGUAAAAGAGAAUUCAUCUGAUUAUUCGAACCAUCAUUUUGUUGGAAUCAUUAAUUAAUAUUUUGUAUUUUAUAUAUUUGAAAUAAGCUUAAUUGCCAUUAAAUUGAAGAAUACAAAUUUUAUGUAAAUCUAAUUUUGUAAGACCCAAGUGUUUUAAGCUAAAAUUGCCCCAAUAGUGUGAAAACCAAACUUGAGUCAUUAAUUCAAUUCCCUGAACUUGAAACAUUGGUACAAAGAAUAUUGAAUGAUGAUUUUUAAAUUAUUUUAUAAUGA